AUGGCCUUUUGUUUCUUCCUCCAGGAAAAUGGCCAUGUGAAAAUCAACGGGGACGUGUCCCCCAAGGCCGACGGGGAGGCGAGCUCCCUGAACGGCAGUGGCUCGGCAGAGGCCCCCAAGGAGCCCGCCAAGGCCGAGGCGGGCAGCGGAGAUGCCAUAGAGCCGGCUCCGGUGGCCGAGGGCGAGGCCAAACCCGACGGAGCUGCUCAGGGCGCCACCUCCAAACAGACGCCCAAGAAGAAGAAGAGGUUCUCUUUCAAGAAGUCCUUCAAGCUGAGCGGCAUUUCCUUCCGGAAGGCCAAGAAGGAAGCCGGAGACGCGUCGGCCGCGUCCUCUCCUGGCGAGGAGCAGGGGAAGGUGGAGGCCGAGGAGGCGGAGGAGAGCCAGGCGGCCGCUGCGGCCGGGGAGGGGGAGCAGGCCAGCGCGCCCAAAGAGGAGAAGGCGGCCCCCGAGGAGGCCGCGGCCCCCGACAAUCAGCCAGAGCCGGUGGCCAAGCGGCAAGAGGGCAGCGACGGGCCAGGGAAGGAGGAGGAACAGCCACAGCAGCCCUCUGGCGAGAGCGAGGGGGGCACAAAGCCAGAAGAGACCUCAGAAUCGGCGGAGGCUGAGCCCAGCGUUGCAGCCGACACUGCUGCUGCCACCGAGCAGAAAGAAGAGUAGAGCUGACUUCUGCUGCCCACCCGUCCAUCGGAAAGAGACUUGUCUGUGCCAUCCUUCCCAUCCCAGCACCCCCACGGAACUGCUGCCUUGAUCACGUGCCCACCACAAGCCCAGGCCUUCUGCAUAGAGCUGGCAAGCUUUUUCACUCCACAACGUCUCCCCCCCCGGCUCACUCCUCCAACACAGUGAAGAAAAAAAAGAAAAAAGUCUCCAGCUUGGGAUCCUGGGGACCCCGGAGGGCCCCGCUGCCACCCGAGCCGGAGCUCUAAAGCCCCUCUUAAAACUAUAUGGAGAGAUUCUGAUCCUGGACAGAAACUGGAACUUGCUCCAUUUAAUGAGACUCCAGCUAUUAACACCAAGUUCUUUUCCGCUCGGAUCUUCUGUUUCUACUAAUCUUCGAAAGCAGCUCUUUUUUUUUU